GUGUUCCGUAAGCACCGUACCUCACACCGAGCGAAUCACAAAUUAAAGUUGCCCCCCACCCCGCGCUUGACGCAAGCAUCCGCUGCCUGGCGGUGUUAAUUGGCUAAAAGCUAGCAUGAAUUGAUCAACUGCCAGAACCAGCGCUGUAGUUAAUGUGUAAGCUCACCCGUCUUGGGACAGGGUGGCCUGGACCCAGCUGCCUGGACCCAGCUGUUGUAUCGGAGUUUGUUCUGUUUGUCCUGUUAUCCUCCCCAUCCGGUCACUCACUUAGAACACACCCAACCUGCCACCGACGGCAGUCUCUGCUGCGCGUUGCCCAUCAAGAUCCGAGACACACACGCCCCACCGUUGACGAUGGAUACGCACGCAAAACUGUCACCAGAGCAGCCCAAGCGGCGGGCUUGCGACGAGUGCCGUAUGCAAUUCCAGAACCCAUUCGGCGAUUCCCGUCUCUGACGCAAUUCGCAGGAGGUAGAAAGCUGGCGUGUUCCAAGGAGCUAGAUGGAUGCGCCCGCUGCAAGCGUGAAGGCAUCAAAUGCGUCUAUUCGCCCCAAAAGCGCAUGGGCAGACCCAGAAAGCAGCGGCCUGCCGAGGCGGCAGACUCGCAGCCUACCGUCAGCGUUCCAACGGAGGCGCCGAAGAAGGAGGCGGAGACGGCGCCCUUCGUCAUCCCAGACUUCCAGUUCGACGGCACGAUCGGGAUGGACCUGGAUCUCUCCUUCCUGGACGUGAACAACACGGACGUCAACUUCCUGGAGCUGGUCGACCCGAAUUCCCAGGUGCUUCCCGCACCGGAUCACACGUAUGCGGACCAAGGAGGUGCCGGCUUCAAAGAAGCGGCAGUACCUAAUCCGCCCAUACCCACCGGGGGUUUCUGGCGUCUAGGCGAGAACCUCGACACCAUCAACUUUGAUGAGCCCAUCGGCGCGCCGGCCGCGCCUCCACCGGCGCCCGAGAUCACGGCGGAAGAAGUCGCCCAGAUCUUCGCAUACGACAUCGCUGAGACGUUGCCCAGCCUCUCCCCGCCGUCGUCGAACUCACCCAGCACGCAAGCCUCGCCUUCCGAAUCCGACAAUUCCCGGCCGUGCGGCUGCCUCCCGUCGCUCUAUCUCGCGCUGGACUCCCUCCAGACGCUCCCGAGCGAGGUCGGCGAGGCCAUGCGGGUCGCCCGCACGGCCACCAAGGCGGCGCACGACGCGAUCCUCUGCCCGGUGUGCAGCGAGAUCCCGACGGACCCGGUCUGCAAGCCGCCGAUGCGCGCGUUCCAGAGCAUGAUGAUGCUCGGCGCGCUGCUGCCCUCGGUCUCGCACGCGUACAUGCGCAUCCUGAGCAUGGUCGACGCCGAGGCGGCCGCGGCCGACGCCGAGCGGCGCAAGAUCUGCUUCUCCCUGAGCCGGUACGGCGGGCUCUGGGGCAGCAUGGCCAGGCUGGACCUCGUCAAGUGCGGCGCGUCCGAGCGGCUCGAGGGCGCCAUGCUCGAGCCGAUCCUCUGGCGGCUGACGGUGCGCGCGAUGCUCAAGAUGGACGUGUACGGCGUCAACUGCCUGACACCGGGCGUUCCCGACGAGGACAUCCAGCAGCCGGGGUUGAAGGACAUUAUCACGAUGAUGGAGGAGCGCUCGCGCCGGCGGCACGAGCAGCUCGACGCGCUGGUGGCGUCGGGGGCCGUGGACAAGCUCCCGGCCGAAUACGUCCCGCUCUCUUCGAACGGCGACAAACCCACCUGCCUGCGGAUCAUCGACAUCGCGAAGCGGUCCAUGGACGAUCUGAUCAUCCCUUGAACCUGUCGCCGUUUGCGUGUGCAAAUGGAUGUUGAUAAUAUAUCAGGCCUCAGCGUGCCGGCGCCGUCCGCUCCUUUCCACGCAAGCGAUCGCGGCUUCGGGAACGCGCUUGCGCGUGGCGCAAGGGACCGCUACAAGCCAGCGCCGCGGCACGGCCUUCGGCGUCGAAGGACGUGAAUCCUCCGCGCCGCGGUGAUCCGCAUUCCGGAAGCGUCGCGAUGGGUGUAGUAAUGGACGCCCUCCCCGGAGUGUGGGGGACAGCUUGCCGCGAUUGCAGAAAAAGGAGGUGAAAACGACACCCGGCGUGUUCCCCUCAG